AUGUUCUUUGCAGAGAUGUCUCCUGCAACAAAAUCAAAGUCUAAAGAUAAAAAAACUGGAAAAGAAGCUUCAAAGGCGUCACCAAAGCCUGCAGUGUCUAUGAAUGGGAACAGCAGCAGUGCAUAUAAUCCACUUCUAGGAACGUUUCAAGUUCUUGAUUCAGUCUCAGUAUCUUCCGUCUCACCAAUACACUACGGUCGUUUCCGAAGUAUAGACGAGGCAGACGUAAACGGGAUCGAGUCUGAUUCCGUUUCCAAUAACGGUAGCUGCUCUGGUGAGUCGGAAGAUCACAAGGAGAAAGCAACUAGUCUUCCCUUAAGGCAGGAGGCGACGAUACCAGGAGCAGACAACGACAAGCGAGAGAAAGUCCGGCAAAAGAACGAGAGGAAACACCAACGGCAGAAGGAGAGGCGUGCUCAGGAGUUGUAUGAGAAGUGUAGCACUUACCUCAUGUCAAGAAAGCUCGAGGCACUUACACAGCAGCUUGUGGCAAUGGGAAUAUCUCAAGAGCAUGCGACAACGGCUUUGAUGAUGAACGAAGGGAAAGUAGAGGAGUCUGUUCACUGGUUGUUUGACAGAGGCGAGGAAGAAAUCGAGAAGCAAAGCACUCAGAGUCCUGGGAAUUUGAAAGUAGACAUAACGGAAGAGCUAGCUAGGAUCGCACAAAUGGAGACACGGCUUAAGUGUACAAGGCAGGAGAUAGAGCGUGCGGUUGUUCAAGCGGAAGGUGAUUUGGAUAGAGCGGAAGAAGUCAUGAAAGGCACAAAGAUUGAUGAACUGUCUGUGCUUGUGAAACAAGAAGAAUCACAGUCUGUUGCGUUACCAGUUUUACAGCCAACUAGAGAUGACAAGAGCUUUAACUAUACGAAAUCACCACCACCCUCCACUGCAGAGCCCGGGAACAGAAUGGUUCAGGCUAUGAAACGACCGCAACCGAAGCCUCAACAGUCUGCUGUGUUGGUUGAUAAAAGAUGGACAAAUACAGGACAGGUCCCUUCUGCUUCUUCUUACUCUCUGCCAUCAUCGCCAUCACAGUCACCUCAGCCUUCUGUGAGGGUCGAAACCCGUUACAUAGCUAGUGGAAACGAGUUUAAGAACGUUCAGCAGCAGCCAUCAAACAGGGAACCAGUUGUGGCAAUGAGACAGCGGCCACAGGUUCCAACUUCGAGCAUGAGCGCAACACCUACCAGUUGGCUUCCUUCAGCAAGCAUAGAGAUCAUGAGGUCGAAUGGAUUCACACAAACACAUAAUAUCCCUACUGUGCGAAGUCCGAGUCCAAACAACAAUCAACAAAUCUACCAGCAGCUGCAGUAUCAAAACCAGAAGCGACUCAGCAACAACAACCUAAUGGAUCCAUAUGGUAGUAUGGUUCAAGGGAAUGGCAACUUAUGGACCAGAAACAACAACACUGCAACAUCAUCAUCUCCACCUAUAUCUGCUGCGUCUUCGCUUGGAUUGUUCUCUGCAGUUGGCUCAGCUGGAACAUCAAGUCCAUCUUCACCGAUAGAUUGGAGCUUUGGUGGUUCGGUUGACUACACAAGCAUAGACUGGAGUCUGGAUCAAGGUUUAUCCCAAAACGCUAGAUUCAAUGGAAUCUGGUCAGAGUCUAAGAGCAGCAAUCACAUGUAUGAUCCGAACAUGAACAGGUACAGUCUAAAAGGUUCCAUGGGAGGCCGAGUCAAUAGCUUUAACGGUGUAUCGAUGGAGAAUGGUAAUGUUGGUGUAGCCGUGGAAACAAAGCCAGCAACAUCUCAGGAUUGGACUUCACCAUUUGAAGGACAAGAUAUGUUUAGCUUGUCUAGACAAUAUGUUCCUCCUUCUCUGUAA